UUCUCCCCUCACAAUCACUGCACACUCCAGAGCAGGCGUUCCGAAAAUGCACACUCGGGCUGAACACUGACGAACCCGCGUGCCUUUGCAAACAUUCGUUUGGGAACAGGUGCAUCUUGUAUGAACCCCCCGCGCGCCGAAGAGUUCGGGUCCACAUUCCCCACUCUGGAAAUACAUCCCCAUCGUCACCUUCUCUUGUGUGAACCAUGGAAUGCUGAGGUUGUCCAUCGCGCGUCCGGAGAAUUGGAUCUCGACCCUCGUGGAAUAGCCCGAACCCAACGUCCUCCCCUCCUCGCACGGAGCAGAAUGCGCUCUGGUUUCUGAUUGUUACAUUUUUAAUUCAGAGAUGAUACCAUCGCAGCAGAAUCAUGUUGUCACCACUAUUGAGACCAUGCCUCCCGAAAGCAUCACGACAACGCCGACUCUGGUUCAAAGGAUAAGAAAAGUGAUUAGCAGGGAACUUGUAGUGACUCUGGCUCUAGGCCAGGUCCUGUCUCUACUGGUCUGUGGCAUUGGGCUGACCAGCAAGUAUCUGGCUGAAGACUACCAGGCCAACACUGCCGUGUUCCAGAGCUUUCUGAACUACAUCCUGCUGUUCCUGGUCUACACCACCACACUCGCCGUCAGGCAAGGUGAGGAGAAUCUGCUGGCAAUACUGAAGAGGCGGUGGUGGAAAUACAUGAUACUGGGAUUGAUAGACAUUGAGGCUAACUACCUGGUUAUCAAAGCCUACCAGUACACUACCCUAACCAGUGUACAGCUCUUAGACUGUUUUACCAUCCCCGUGGUGCUGCUUCUGUCCUGGUUCUUUCUGCUGGUGAGGUACAAGGCCGUACAUUUCGUGGGCGUCGGAGUGUGUCUGUUAGGCAUCGGCUGCAUGGUUGGGGCCGACGUCCUGGUGGGAAGACAGCAGGGCCUUGGGGACAAUAAGCUGUUGGGGGACCUGCUGGUGCUUGGUGGAGCCACACUCUAUGGCAUUUCUAACGUGUGCGAGGAGUUCAUCGUGAAGAACCUGAGCAGGGUGGAGUUCCUGGGCAUGAUGGGGCUGUUCGGCUCUUUCUUCAGCGGCAUUCAGCUGGCCAUCAUGGAGCACAAGGAGUUGCUAAAGGUGCACUGGGACUGGCAAAUAGGGCUGCUCUAUAUUGGCUUCAGUGCCUGCAUGUUUGGCCUGUACAGCUUCAUGCCUGUGGUCAUCAAAAGGACCAGCGCGGCGUCGGUCAACCUCUCCCUGCUAACCGCUGAUCUUUACAGCCUCUUCUGUGGCCUCUUUCUGUUCCAGUACAAGUUUUCAGGGCUCUACCUCCUGUCCUUCGUUAUCCUUGUGCUAGGUCUGGUUCUCUACACGUCCUCCUCUACCUAUGUGGCCCAGGACCCACGCGUCUACAAGCAGUUCCGCAAUGCUGGCCAGCCCGUCACAGACACACCCACUCUGGGACCCCUGGAACCAUCGGUGACCUAUACCAGCCUGAGGCAGGACAUAGAGGAGGAGCCUCACAUCAGGGUGGCCUGAGGGGGUGGAGUCUAAUCAUCCACUAGCCCCCCCCCCUGUGAUUCUGUACAGAGAGAAUGAUCACUGAAUGAUAAAGAUAUAAUCGAGAAAAAAAGUAGCAAACAAGCAAAAGUACACUGUGAUCACAAACUGUGGAUAGAUAGCAGUGACUUUCUGAUUUUCAAGAUUUGUUUUGUGUAUUGAAAUAUACUGUUAUCACAUAUCACUUUCCCUUGUACUGUACAUCUGACAUGUUUAGAAGGUUUUGUGCUAAAGACUUAAGUCUUUUUUUACAUGAGCACAAAGCUUUAUUGGAUUUUAAGGUUUGAAUUCGAGCCGUGGGUCUAGCUCUGUCAUUUGUUCUGUUUUAUUAUUUUUAUUAUUCCUCGGUCAAUUGUCUUUUUGUAAAACUCCCUUGCUAAAAUAUUAGAUCCAGAAAUGACAUAAAGUUAUACACAGACUUAACAUGAGUCAGUGCCUUACUAUGUAUUACUGUUGUUAGAGUUCCACAUAAGAAAUGGCCCCUUCCUAGGAAGAACAGCUUUGUUGGAGGAUAUUGAAUAGUAAUGCGGCCCCUCACAUCAAUACAAGCUGUACUUCGAACACUGUGGAUUGCUUCUCUACUUACCCACACUUUUCAUGUUAUAACGCUUAUUGCCUUUUUACCUAAAUUAGUAUAAAGACAAAUAUAUCAGGAUUCCUAAUGGAGUGGUGACUAUUGUACAUUUGGUUCAUUGUUCAUACACACAGUGAACUCUAGUUGAUAGAAAAAGAAUAACUGAUUGUAAAAAAAAAAUGAUGAUUACAAUGCACUUAUCAUUCCAGGAUUGUGAUGUUCUGUUUAGUUUUUUUCAGCUUUUGGACUAUAUUUUAAGUGUGUUGCUUUUUAUUCUCUGCUGGAUCUUAUCCAAAGCACAUUAAUGAAAUGAUCUGGAACAGAUUUCCUUCAAAAUAUUAUCCUCUGCAUUUUGUAUUCUAUUUGAUUUUGGUGUAUUGGAGUUCUUGCUGUCAGAAAUAUGUUGUCUAAAAUAAAGUAUCUUUGUCUGAAAAGCUGAGAAUUGGGUUCGAAGAAAAAUAACAUCACUCAAAAUAUGUUACCAAAAACAGAGAAAGGGGCAUUUCACGGCAACUUGGGGUUUGGUAAAAAAAAUUAUAAUGCAAAUAGACAACGCCACAUCAGCACAUUUUGCAUCUGAAUGUGGUUGAGAGAAUUGUUGAGCAAACCCAUUUAUUAUCACUCCGAUAACUUCCUCCACAGUAACUUACAAAGGCCUGUGCAAGUCAUGCUGAAACAUUUAACUGUUCAUUUAGUAUUUCAUUUUCAUUAUAUUCUGGAAUAUGUAGAACAUUGCACUAGCCUACCAUUCAUUCUGCCAGACUGAGCAAAUGUACUCUGGUCAUAAGUACUCCAGGUUGCAAUAUAUGUCCAAUCUAUAAUAUGGUAACUAUAAAAUGGUAAACUUAAAAUUGUCCAAAGUUGAAAGAGAAGGUUGCUGUCUUGUGUUAGACCUAUAAUGUGUUGUCAAUAUUCUGAUGAUUGUGUUGGUUCAUACUACCUAGGCUGUAAUUCUUACCUUGUUGAAUAAAGACCAAGACUGAUA